CAGAUAAAAUUGUAGCUAUGCUUGAGGGAUUCCAGAGCAGAAGUAAAGCUCAGUCAAUAGCACUUGUUUGUCAGGGAGGACCUGGCUUCUUCAAUCCAGUGAAAGGAAAGAUGUUCACAAAAGCUAAAUUUAAACAAGAUGAGGAGAUUAAAAGUUUUUGGAGUAAUCUUGGUACAAACAUGUCAAAACUUGACCCAGAACACACAAAGAUCCACAUUAUUGGCAAUAAUGUGACUGGAAAUGAGAAAGGAGAAAAAUUAUUGAAGUUUCUUUCCAAGGAAAUGCAACCAUCAAAAGUCAAGGUUGAGUCACCAUUAGAAUUUGGACAAGCAGGUAAAGAAAUGCUGGCCCUCUAUUUUGAUCAUGACAAGUACAGAAUAUGGAGAAGCAAAAUGCAUUCCAAAGUUUCAUUUACCCUUUGACUUUUUUAACCCUACAAUUGUGUAGUUUCCCUCCUUUUGGUCUCAUUUGUUAUGCAAGUUGAUGUAUCAUGUUCAUACAACACACUAAAUAAUAAGUUAUUAUUUAUUUAUUUCGCAUGGAAUUUUUCACUUCAAAAUUGAAAUGAUACAUUGUAUUCCAUACAUGUAAGUUAAAGGUUGGUCAGUUCAGUAAAUUUGUCCAUUCAGUCAGCCAUUGACAGGGAUGUCAAUGUUUUGCUUCAAUGUAAUAUUUUUUAAACUACCAGUAACCUAUAUAACCUAUAAACCCUUCAGUUCCCAAGAUCUUAUCCAUAAUUCCCUGUUCUGGUUGUUACACAUAUCUCAGUAAACUGGCUCUGAGAAUUGGGUGAAACAUCAAUAGCACCUUACAGGUGAUAAGUUUGUUGUUUCAUUUUCCCAGAGUAAAUUCAAUUGUAAGGAGAAGAUAUGGGACUUAACGUAAGAUCCCCUAAUUACAAGCCAAUAAUUAUUUUUUAAGUUCAGACUAAAUAUUUCCCUUGGUGCUUUCCCUAAAACAAAAACAUUGAAAGCAAACAAAAAGAGACAAUUGCAAACAUGCAAUAACAUCUUAAGCACUUACACAGUUGGAACUUGUUACAUUUAACCCUUUGACCACUAAGAAUGAUUUGCGUCAAAUGUUUCCCUACAAUAUCACCCCUGAAUCACAAACUAUCGUCACAUAGAAAUAAAAGAAACAAUCACCCUCUAAAGAAGCUCUUGGUUGUUAAACAAAUUAUACUUGUCAGCUGAUGUGCUGAUAUAAAGGUUUAAAAGGUUAAGCCACACUUCACAUUUUCAAAGAUCCCCUUCCACCCUCGACUGGAAAAAAAGCAGAGUUAUGCGACUACUGCUUCUAAGUGUAUGAAUAGAUAUGCAAUAUUUUGUUUUGCAAGAAUCUGACAGAUAGAUUAAUUUUUUUACAAUAAUAUGGAAAGAUUGUGACUGAUGAGCAUUCUUCUCUGGGUCAUUACAUCCCAACACUUUUUGUUGGCCUCAAUGCUUGAAGAGUUUGAUUCAAAGAGUACUUUUUAAAAAAAACAGAUAUUGUAUAUUUUUUAGUUAUUAAUACAGGAUUACUUGGAAAAAUCUAACUCCUGUGUCUCAAGAUAUUUAAUGCUUAACUCUUAUGGGUAAAUGAUAAGUAGCUUCUUUAAGUUAAUUGAAUAACUUAGGGUCCCUUCUACUGCACAAUUUCAAGUGUCAAUUUAAGUAAACAUUUCCAUAA